AUGCCGUCACAUCGACUCAUACGCGGGCUGAAUCAUCGGCCGAAGCAACCCAAGGCAUCGACGCCCUUGCAACGACAGCUAGAACUCAGCCGGACCCGUGAUUUGGAGCAUGCUGAGGCCGCAGAUGCUGAAAUUACGCAUAGGCUUAACAAUCCUUGUGGGCCUCACCAUCCUAUAGGUGAAGUAGCGCACUUACCUGAGCCGGGCGACGAAAAUGAUAAUCCGGCUGAAGAACGUAGCGAAGACGACGAGGAGAUUGACUUGACUCGAUUUAUGCCCAUGCCGCAUGAUGGCCAUCGUGAGGAUGGUGACCUUCCCGACUUACACGACGACCCAAUUAUGGCAGGUUUGCGAAGGGAAUUACACUUAGCUGAUCGCCUGGCCAACGAGAAACGAUGGAGUUGGCAGUAUGCAAUUAUGUUACCCACAUUUCUUCGAAGGCGACUGCAAACAUCCAAUUGGGGUAAUCAAGUUAACUGGAACGAAGACGUUGGCCUAACUUACUUAGCUAGAAGGCGAGUCAAGAGGCUGCUGCAGAUGGGUUACAUUGCUGCGUCACCUUCGCGGCCUCGCACCGCGUUUUCGGUUCGCCUAAUGGUCCACCAUUACUCUCAGUGGAUUCGAUUUGCGAUUCCAACUGAAGGGUACUGUCAAGCACUAGAUGACAUGCUUAACAACGGCAGUCCAGAGAUACUUACACCAAAAGGGCACGAUACAUUGUCAUCCGUUCGCAGUUUCUUUCAUGCUUGGCCAAGCCAAGAAAUAUCUAGCCGAGCUGCAAGAAAGCAAGGCUUCGCUCGCAAAGCUGACACAGCAAGAUCCGGCUCAAACCGCGGUGUACUUUCAGAUCCAGUGGGAUCGUCAACGUUCCUUGCAGCUGAAAGCCAUGACCGUGGAGGCAAAGGAGAAACGAGAACUCAAAAGCUGGCAGCCAUGAAUGCAGGUAACGCCCCCAUACGAACAGCCGAACAGCGUCAUGAACUGCUGGACCUGCCAGCGUCACUUGUUGCUCUUGAAGCCCAAAUCCAAGCCGUUGCGGACGAGCUAGGAAAUGCGGAACUGUUGAACGCUCGGAGAGGGAGCAAUGUCAGGGUUAAGGCGAUGCUCAGCGUCCAGGUUGCCUUAGGGUUCUUGUACGAGGCUGCGAUGGAUGUGAUACAACAGAGGGCUGAUGCCGCCGUCAGAACUGGUGCGACCCAGCAACCUCGUAAUGAGCAACUAAGGAAAAAAAAACAAAUCCUCCUCAAGAAGAAACUGGAUACGUAUUUAAGGCAUGCUUCUCGAUACAAUCAACGUCACCGACCAACACCGCGACUGGUGUUACCAAGUUUGGAUGAGGUUCUUGAAAUGGAUUUGCUACAUCCUUUUUGGGAUGAAGUCGCGCUGAACCACCUUGAUGAACCAUGGGCAUCAUGCCAGAGGACCAAGGAUGGAAUAGUAGCACUUCGAAAUCAAUUAGCAUCUGAAGAGGAGCUCCGACGUCUGGCGCGAGAGGUUAGGCAGCUCAUGGGUUGGGCGAUUGACUAUCAAAAUCGUGUUGAUAGGGCCAGGCCAAAUGAACAUAUGGGUAAGCUCCUUGCCACCUAG